UUAACGGACGUUCCUUUUUUGGCGCGGGACGAUCCUCACUUUUUGGCAUUGCCUAGUCGAGCACACUUUUCUUUCGGCAAAAGGUAUAUCUUCCACGCAACGGACCAUCGGGCCCGAGCAUCUAGCGAAUCACACCUAGACGAUAACUGGAUCCUUCACAUUUUCCCCGGCCGCAUGGCCAUUGGUUUUUUACGCGGCGUUUUUACUAGGCGCAAGCAUGCAAUAUGGAGCGUUUUAUGCUCAUUGGCUAGAUGCGUUUUCGCGACGGAAAUUCCCUUCCUGGUGGUCUCACGCAUUUCGAGCCGGAUGACGAAGACGGCAUUCUGGUGCUUUUUACAUUACCCUUUUACUUUAGUGUGUAUAACUGGCGGUAGCUUCUGGGUGAGGCUCCUGCAGGAGCCGGGUUAACGGGCGGCAUCAUUGGCAUACAAAAACUCGGCCCGUCGAACACAGGCUGUCGAAG